AUGUCCACCUCGCACUGGACGCCUGGACACAGGAGAGAGGGGGGUCAGUCUGAGGGGGGGUCUGAGGGGGGGGGUCAGUCUGAGGGGGGGGGUCAGUCUGAGGGGGGGGGGGGGGGUCUGAGGGGGGGGGUCAGUCUGAGGGGGGGGGUCAGUCUGAGGGGGGGGGGUCAGUCUGAGGGGGGGGUCAGUCUGAGGGGGGGGGGUCAGUUUGAGGGGGGGGGGGGUCAGUCUGAGGGGGGGGGUCAGUCUGAGGGGGGGUCUGAGGGGGGGGGCAGGCGCAGUGGUGGUGCCCUCCUCCUCUCCUCCACUCCUCCUUCACUCCUCUCCUCCACUCCUUCUUCACUCCUCUCCUCCACUCCUCCUUCACUCCUCUCCUCUACUCCUUCUUCAAUCCUCCCCUCCUCGCCUCCUCCUGGUCCUGCCCAGCUCUCGCUCCUCCCCUCCUCGCCUCCUCCUGGUCCUGCCCAGCUCUCGCUCCUCCCCUCCUCGCCUCCUCCUGGUCCUGCCCAGCUCUUGCCCCUCCCCUCCUCCCUCCUCCUGAUACUGCCCAGCUCUCACUCCUCUCCUCAUCACCUCCUCCUGGUUCUGCCCAGCUCUCGCUCCUCCCCUCCUCCCCUCCUCCUGGUCCUGCCCAGCUCUUGCCCCUCCCCUCCUCCCCUCCUCCUGGUCCUGCCCAGCUCUCGCUCCUCCCCUCCUCCCCUCCUCCUGGUCCUGCCCAGCUCUCGCUCCUCCCCUCCUCCUGGUCCUGCCCAGCUCUCGCUCCUCCCCUCCUCCCCUCCUCCUGGUCCUGCCCAGCUCUCGCUCCUCACCUCCUCCCCUCCUCCUGGUCCUGCCCAGCUCUCGCUCCUCCCCUCCUCGCCUCCUCCUGGUCCUGCCCAGCUCUCGCUCCUCUCCUCCUCGCCUCCUCCUGGUCCUGCCCAGCUCUCAGUCCUCCCUCGCUCCCAUCUCUCAUAA